UGGUCGAGCGCGUUCGGAGACGCGCGCGGACGGCCGCUGUUAGUAGACGUCGGCACCGCUAAGGGCGGUUUCAUUAAGGCUUUAUCAACCGAACGCGCGGAAGCGUUCACGCGAGCGAAGCAGGGCGUGGAGUUUAAUUUAUUAGGGGUUGAAAUUUACCCGCCGCUGGUGCGGCAGGCGAACGCGUGGGUGCGGGCGAAUGAGGCGCGAUUACGUCUGCCCGUGCACUUCGUUUCAGCCAACGUGAACGUAUCGUUGGAGAGUAUGAACUUACCGAACGUGCGCGCGGUGUGCGUGCAGUUCCCCGAUCCUUGGAGUCGAGGACGACACUUCGAGCGGCGCGUGAUGACGCCCGAAUUCGCGCGAGCGCUCGCGAAUGUCCUUCCGAGCGGUGGCGAGCUCUUCUGUUGCUCGGACGUGAAAGCGUUGGCGUCUGAAAUGUACGAUGUCGUUGCCGCGAACGAUGACUUUAUCAUCGACGAAGCGACGUACGCGCGACCGGUUCGAAAUCGACGAUGGCUACGGGCAAAUCCGUACGAGGCGUUCACCGAGCGCGAUAUCGUGUGCGAAGGCAAAUGGCGACCGGUGUAUCGU